AUGGCCGUUACCAGAAAACGAAAAGCUCAAGUAGAAAAAUAUUGGAAACUUUUAUAUGUUGCUUCUCGAUUUUUGGGAAAAAUUCGGAGACGUAUUUUUUGUCGCAUGGAAAACGUGAGUUCCUAUAAAUCCUACUUAAUAUACAUUUUUAUAUCUUUUAGUUCGACUAUUUUCCAAAUGAGAUUAUUCAAAUGAUCGUGGACCGAAUGACCAUGAAAGCUAGGUAAGUUACAGCCUAUUCAAAAAUAAAUAAGAAAAGUAUAUAGAUGUCGAUUUGCCACAAGUUCAAGAAUGUGUCGAAGUUUUGUCAAAUCGUGUCAAAAUCACAUGUAUGGAAUCAGUUUCGAUUGCCGUAGUCGCGGACGUAUAGAAAUUAGCGUCGGUCACAGUUAUCAACAAUCUUCACUAAAUAACUUUUCAGUUGAUUAUUCAAUAACUUUUUUCACACAAAACCAGAAAAAGAUAAUGAAAGGGUGAGAUUUAUUUAACUUAUCAAAUCAUCGUUUGAUUUCAUACUGAUCAUAAAUUUAAAAAAGUAACAUUUCCGAGAUUUUCAUUACAAGUUAUCGUACAAAAACAGUUAUUUGUAUACUCUUCGAAAUAUUAUAAUUAAUAGAGAUAUUUCCAGCUCAAGAAGAACAAUGCAACCCGAAAAAAUAUUGGAAACCGAUUGUGAGAUAGUUAUUGAUGCUAUUCAUUUAUUCGAAAAAAUAGUCAACGAAAACCGAUUAUCAAUUCGAUAUCUGCAAGUUCAAGGAGCAUAUCUUAUUAAUAGAGAAUUUGCGCUUGGAAAACUCAAAAAACUGGAGAAAAUUUUCAUGGAUACUCUAAAUCCGAAUUUUGUCAAUGCAUUAUAUUAUCCAUUGAAAGAAGUCCAAUGUUACAGAUAUCCUAUUUCGCACGCAACACCUUGUAUCGAAAAUGUAUGGUUUAAAAAUUAUACUUUCCAUCAAAUUGUAUUUGAAAUUUCAGCUAUCAAGAGUUCAAAAUAUGCUGCUUGCUCCAUUGAUCACAUUUAAUUAUGAAGAACUAAAACUAUUAUCUGCGACCGAAUUUGAAGUAUCAAUCGGAAAUAUGUCAGCACAAGAUAUGUUCAAUUUUAUAAAAUAUCAACUUGAAAAUCACGAUGAAAACAUAAGAUCAAUGACAUUCAUUAAUGAUGAAAACAACAAAAAACAAUUCAACAACGAUUUAUUAGAAUUGCUGAAUGUGCAAGUGUUCACUGAAAUGCCGUAAGAAACAUUUAGGAAAAAAAUAUGAAGAUUUAAAUAAAAAUGAUUUCAGGAGACAAGUGAAAGUCUACAAAUCAAAUCUAAAAGGCAAAUUUGCGCGAAUCGGAAUUCUUCCGGAUAGUAUAUAUUAUUCGUACCCAUUUGAUGGUAAUCAUGUUAAAUAUAAAUUGGAAGAAGUGGGAAUAGGACAUGUGAUUUCAAUAAUUUAA